UCCCACGAAGGGCCUGCUGAGGGCUAAUGGUCGAUGUGGGGAACCGGUAGCCUCGGGACCCGUCUCCGGCGACCCAGGUGACCCUGUUGCAGCUGAGGAAAGCCGCGGAGUUCCCUCCUUGGGCCACCAAAUCCAGUGCGCAGGCGUGUGGGCGGGGCGGGCCCUUAAAGGGACCGCGGCGCGGGAGUCGGAGGAGGAGCGGGGAUCGCUAAGCCCCGGGGCUCGCUCCGGCAGGAAUGGGCACUGGGGGCCCCGAGGAUCGAGGAUCGGGCCCCGUUGGCGCAGCGUUUGGAUUCGCCUCCGUGCUCAAGAGGAGUCUCAGGCUAAGUAAGCGCUUUCCUCCGGGUCCCUAGCCCGCCUCGCUAAUGGCUCACGUUGGCUCUCGCAAGCGCUCCAGAAGUCGCAGUCGGUCCCGGUCCCGUAGUGGUCGGCGAGGGUCGGAAAAGCGAAGUAAGAGGAGUAGCAAGGACGCCUCGAAGAACGGUUCAGCCUCCAGAUCCCAGGGCCACAAGGCCGGCAGCGCCUCCGCUGUUGAGGAGAGAAGCAAGCACAAGGCCCGGAGGACAUCGCGAUCCAGCUCUUCCUCCUCCUCCUCCUCUUCCAGUUCUUCUAGCUCCGCCUCAUCCUCAUCCUCCAGUGAUGGCCGGAAGAAGCGAGCGAAGCACAAGGAGAAGAAGAGGAAGAAGAAGAAGAAGAAGAAACGGAAGAAGAAGUUGAAGAAGAGAGGCAAGGAGAAGGCAGUGGUGCACCAGAGUGAGGCUCUGCCCGGGCCCUCGCUGGAUCAGUGGCACAGAUCAGCUGGGGAGGACAAUGAUGGUCCAGUCCUGACGGAUGAGCAGAAGUCUCGCAUCCAGGCCAUGAAGCCCAUGACUAAGGAGGAGUGGGACGCUCGCCAGAGCGUUAUUCGAAAGGUGGUGGACCCAGAGACAGGACGCACAAGGCUCAUCAAGGGAGACGGUGAGGUCUUAGAGGAAAUCGUAACCAAAGAACGACACAGAGAGAUCAACAAGCAAGCCACCCGAGGGGAUGGCCUGGCCUUCCAGAUGCGAGCGGGCCUGCUUCCCUGAGGGCCCGGCCGCCAGGUUUGUGAGCUUGGAGUCUGAUGGGUCCAGGUGCCUUUACUACAGCCCAGCAUCCUCUUGGGUACAGUGGGUGGCCUAAGCAUCGAAUUGGACAGCGGAGUGUCACUAUUAAAUGAUCUUGGUCACAGA